AUGGGAAAUAGAGGGGCACGUAAUCAACAAAUGUAUGAUCCAUAUUAUUCAGGAUUGCCCGCUUAUGGAGGCUAUUAUGAUCCUUAUUAUGAAACUGGUGGAUAUCCACGCUAUACAACAACAACCAUCUAUCCCAGAGCCCCCAUUGCUCCAAUCGGUUUAGGUCUUCCUAAAAUCCGUGCCAUUUUCAUGCCACAAAUGCAAAUGCCAAUGGCUAUGCCAAUGGCUAUGCCAAUGCCAAUGCCUAUGCCAAUGCCAAUGCCUAUGCCAAUGCCAAUGCCAAUGCCAAUGCCAAUGAUGCCUGCGCCAAUGCCCAUGCCCAUGCCCAUGCCCAUGCCCAUGCCCAUGCCAAUGGCUGCACCUAUGCCUUGUGCGGCACAAAUGCCAAUGCCAAUGCCAAUGCCAAUGCCAAUGCCAAUGCAAAUGCCAAUGCCAAUGCCAAUGCAAAUGCCCAUGCCAAUGCCUGCACCGAUGCCAAUGCAAAUGCCAAUGCCCAUGCCAAUGCAUGCACCUAUGCCUUGUGCGCCACAAAUGCCAAUGCAAAUGCCAAUGCAAAUGCCAAUGCAAAUGCCAAUGCAAAUGCCAAUGCAAAUGCCAAUGCAAAUGCCAAUGCAAAUGCCAAUGCCAAUGCCUGCACCGAUGCCAAUGCCAUUACCAAUGCCCAGUGGCGGUUGUUGUGGUCUCGGCGACUAUAGUGGAGCACAGUCAUUUGGUGGCUUUGGUGGUGACUUUAGUGGUGGAUUUCCUGCCGGAUUUGGUGGUGGAUUCGGUGGUGGAUAUGGUGGUGGAUUUGGUGGUGGAUUCGGUGGUGGAUAUGGUGGUGGAUUCGGUGGUGGAUAUGGUGGUGGAUUCGGUGGUGGAUCUGUCUGUCCAAUAACUGGUGCUCCUCUUGGUGGUGGCUUCGCAUCUAUGAGUAUGCAACGUCCAUUGGCAUUACCAGCACCAAUUUCAAUUCCUCAACCAGUUCCUGUUCCUCAUCCAGUUCCUGUUCCAGUUCCUGUUCCUCAACCAGUUCCAGUUCCUGUUCCUCAACCAGUACCUGUUCCUGUUCCUGUACCACAACCAUACCCUGUGCCACAUCCAGUUCCUCAACCUGUGCCACAGCCGUAUCCUGUGCCACAACCAUAUCCUGUACCGCAACCAAUUCAUCAACAACCAAUGGGUUACCCAGCACCAAGUGCACCUGGACGUUCACUUUGCUGCUGCAUCCCAGCUGGUCAAUAA